CUUGCCGCUGCUGCGGCGAGGCACACCGCGCCUCACCCUCCUCCCUCGGCUCCCUGUCCGUCCUCUCUCCUCCUCAGCCAGCCGCGAUUCCCCAGCUGCCGCUGGCGGCCGCCUGCCGCCCUCCUGCCAUCCCGCUGGGGCCGGUCGGUGUCUGCGCCCGGCUCCGCUCCCAGCCCAGGAAGCUAUUGAUUGCCUAGAAAUUAAAAGAGGGUGUGAGAAGUCUGAUUGAUCAAGGUGGAAGUUUUUUUCCCAAGAGCCUUUUCACAGCUGCCUUUUGCAAAAUCUUCAGUCGGUCCCAUUUGUGCCAUGUUUUGUGGCUCUCACCGUAAGAGGAAUUUGUCUUGAUGAAGAUUCCUAAUAUUGGUAAUGUGAUGAAUAAAUUUGAGAUCCUUGGGGUUGUAGGUGAAGGAGCCUAUGGCGUUGUACUUAAAUGCAGACACAAGGAGACACAUGAAAUUGUGGCUAUCAAGAAAUUCAAAGACAGUGAAGAAAAUGAAGAAGUCAAAGAAACCACUUUACGAGAGCUUAAAAUGCUUCGCACUUUGAAACAGGAGAACAUUGUGGAGCUGAAGGAAGCCUUCAGAAGAAGAGGAAAAUUAUACUUAGUUUUUGAAUAUGUGGAAAAAAAUAUGCUUGAAUUGCUAGAGGAAAUGCCAAAUGGAGUUCCACCAGAAAAAGUGAAAAGCUACAUCUACCAGCUAAUUAAAGCAAUUCAUUGGUGCCAUAAGAAUGAUAUUGUUCAUAGAGAUAUCAAGCCAGAGAAUCUCUUAAUAAGCCACAAUGAUGUUCUGAAGUUGUGUGACUUCGGCUUUGCUCGUAAUCUCUCUGAAGGAAGCAAUGCUAACUAUACAGAAUAUGUGGCUACCAGAUGGUACCGCUCACCUGAACUCUUGCUUGGAGCCCCUUAUGGCAAGGCUGUGGAUAUGUGGUCUGUGGGCUGCAUCCUGGGGGAGCUGAGUGAUGGGCAGCCCCUGUUCCCUGGCGAGAGUGAGAUUGACCAGCUCUUCACCAUUCAGAAGGUGCUGGGCCCACUGCCAGCCGAGCAGAUGAAGCUCUUCUACAGCAACCCACGCUUCCAUGGCUUGCGGUUUCCAGCAGUCAAUCAUCCACAGUCUUUAGAGAGAAGAUAUUUGGGAAUUUUAAGCGGUGUAUUGCUUGAUCUUAUGAAGAACUUACUGAAGUUAGAUCCAGCAGAUAGAUAUUUGACAGAGCAAUGUUUGAACCACCCUUCGUUUCAAACCCAAAGACUCUUGGAUCGCUGUGGAAGUUCACCUUCACGGUCAGCUAAGAGAAAACCCUACCAUGCAGACAGCAACACUUUAUCCAACAGAAAUCAAGCCAGCAAAAGUUCUGCUUUGCAGUCACACCACAGAUCAAACAGCAAGGAUAUGCAGACACUAGGGGCUGGCGGGCCAAGAGAAGAGGGGCUUCCAGCAAAUGAAAGCUUUUUAAAUGGAAACCUUCCUGGACCUGCACCUAGUCCAAUGCACGCAAAAAAACCAAGCAACACACCUGGAUCUGGCAACAAGGAUAUAGCCAAUAAUAACAUGCCACAUCUUCUCAGCCCAAAGGAACCAAAGGGAAAAACAGAGUUUGAUUUUAAUGUGGACACCAAAAGUUCUGAUGGUUCAGGCACAAAGUACAUGAAGUCCAACACCAGAUCUCAGCAGAACCGGCACUCCUUUAUGGAAACUUCUCAAAGCAAAACUGGGACGCUGCAGCCUGGUGACAAGCACAGCCGCCACAGCUACAUCGACACCAUCCCACAGUCUUCUAAGAGUCCCUCCUAUCGGACAAAGUCCAAGAGCCAUGGAGUUCUGACAGACUCAAAAUCCGUGGGCAACCUUUCUGAGGCCAGGGCCCAGGCUGCAGAACCAAACACCAGUAGGUAUUUUCCAUCCAGCUGCAUGGACUUGAACUCUCCUACCAGUCCGAGUGCUCCCCGGCACAGUGACAACAGAACUAUGCUCAGUCCAUCCGCCAGGAAUAACCGCAGCGAGGGUACCCUGGACGCCCGAAGACCUCCAACAAGACACUCCAAAACAAUGGAGGAGUUAAAACUGCCAGAUCACAUGGAUGGAAGCCAUUCCCACUCUCUGUCUGCUCCACAUGAAUCUUUUUCCUAUGGUCUAGGUUAUACCAGUCCUUUUUCUUCACAGCAGCGCCCUCAUAGACACUCUAUGUAUGUGAGCCGGGACAGAGUGAGGUCAAAGGGCUCAGAGGGUGGCUUAAGCGUAGGGCAAGGGAUGGCAGCCAGAGCAAACAGCCUGCAACUGUUAUCUCCACAGGUGCAGCAUAAGUCACUCACAAGGUCUGUUGGCUCAUCACGAGAAGACUGUACAGAAGAUUCUAAUAGGGGUGGAGCAUAUCAUGAUCCACACACAGAAGAUGGAGCAUCUACUAAGGAGAAUAGAAUUCUGUAUAAUGACCCUGUUCCGAGAAGAGUUGGCAGCUUUUACAGAGUUCCAUCUCCACGUCCAGAGAGUACCUACAUAGAAAACAAUGUGUCCAACAGAGCCUCGGUGUUACCAGCAGACAGCACCACGGUGACAAACCACCCCAAGAGACAAACCACCUUUGACACCUGGAAAAGUCCUGAAAACCUUAACAGUCACUCAGAACAGCUCAAGGAGAAAGAAAAGCAAGGUUUUUUCAGGGCAAUAAAAAAGAAAAAGAAGAAAUCUCAAAAUACAGACUCAACCAACGGCGAGAAUCCGAGCAUCAAGAAAUCCCUCUUUCCUCUUUUUAAUUCAAAGAAUAAUUUAAAGCAUAGUUCUUCUUUGAAAAAACUUCCUGUAGUCACUCUACCAAUGAUGCCUAAUACUGAAGGUCAGGAUCUCUUGGCAUUACAGAAAGCCAUUCAUUCUUCCAAUCACCAGAGCAGCAGGCAGAAGGAUUGGCAUCCUGAGAAGAUGACAGAAAUCCAGCCUCAUAGCCAGCCGUUAAAAUCUCUUCGGAAGCUCUUACACCUCUCUUCAAACCAUCCUGUCGCUGCUGAGCCCCGCUUCCAGCCCUUACCCAGCCAGCCAGCCAAAGCUUCUUUUCCUGAAGUGCGAAUCCACCCCAUGAGUCAAAGCUCCAGCAGCGGCAGCAGCAACGUGCGGCCAGAGCCCCAGGCCAAGAGCCGGCCAACGCUGCAGAUCCCGAGCCAGCUGGAGCCCACCUGGCACGUGUCCCCCGUCACCAGGAGCGUGAGCGACGGGGCCCCCUACUCGGAGCAGCUGCCUUCCAAGAGCGGCCAGAACGGGCACACCUACAGCCGCACGAACCGCUCGCGAAUGCCAAACCUGAACGAUCUCAAGGAGACAGCCUUGUAGUGGCGCUCCAGCACGCAGACCAGGGUGCCUGGAGAGCAGCGUAGGGGAGCGGUGGUGUUCUGGUGAUGGUAAGACUGCAUUUUCAGCUUUAUACAGGUGUGCAAUAUGUACAUGUGGAGCUAUGCUGUUCAGCACCACGAGAGAGUCAGGGAUGACGCGGGAACACGAGUGGAACUAUGAGUUACCAGGCAUCAGAAAUGUCACUGGACGCCAGGCAGAGAGUGCCGGUCAGGGAGAAAAAUGCAUUGUCAUUUUCUCUCAUUUACAUUCCAGCUUAGUGCACAUCUCUGUCUGAAAGCUGGGAGACUUCUGGUAUGUAUUGGCACUUAUAAGGGUGAAAACAUUGUCUAGGCCUAUGCCCUUACUACAUUUUUUGCUGCCUAGUUAAAACAGUGGGGUUUAUGUGAUAAAAGUGUAUCCCUGUUAAGGGUUUAAAGUUAAAUUGUAUGUCUUAAAUUUGUUUUUUAAACUUCCAUAUUUGAUAGAUUUGUAAUAUUUAUUUAUGAUGACCUAAUAUCGUACUGUUAUAAUCAUAUCUUUUAUGUUAUAAUGUAAAGUUAUUUUGAGCUGUUUGAAACAUUGUGAAGCAGUGCAACAGCUACAGUAGUUUCUAUAAAAAACUAACAGUAACAUUUAUAUAUUGCAUCAGGAGUAUUUUAUUCUAUAUAUAAAUAUAUAUAUAAAUGGAAAAUAACUGUCUGUUUUUUAAAUAUACCCAUUUAAAAGAAAAGUAUUGUUAUGACACUAUCUGCCAUAUUUUUUAUACAUUUGUGAUAUAAAGUGCAGUAUUAUACUUCUAAUAAAAGGAAGCUGAAUGUGGAUAUAAAUGUGACUGUAACAGUAUGGAUCUUGCUUGGCUAUGAGAGCCCAGUAUUACAGGCAUUACUGGUAACAAACAAAAGACAGCAUUUGAUUCCAAGCUUUAUUAUGGGCUAUUUUGUUGGAAGUAUUGGCUAAAUGUAAGAGACUGCAGAACUGUACAGUAAUCUAAAUGUGGUAUGUUCUCCCCUGUCCUUAGCUUUCCUAGUAAUAUUAAUGGGAUUUCUGCAUCUGCAUCAAGAGCACAGAGCCCCAGUACCAAAUUUUUGUUUCUUCUAAAGAGAUAAAGUGCCCCGUUACUACAAGCAAAAGCAGGUGCUCUUCCACUUAAUAGCAGGGGUGAAAACCAAAGAAACACAGCAUGAAUUGCAAGUGAAAUGCAAAACUUCGACACUUAAGAAUAGCAUGGCACUGCAGAUCAUGGUAUAAGCUUUUAUGCAUAUGUGUAUUUUACAUCUCUAGCAAUCUAUUAACUAAUAAGAUAAACACUGUAUUAGAAUUUAAACUACUCUUGCACUUUUUAUUAUAUUUCAGGAUGUAUUUAAAGCUACAAAUCGAUAUUUGGAUAUUGAGGGAGAAGGUUGCCAUGCAACUUGACUUCUCCUUAGGUCUUACUAUCCAAAUAUUCCCAUACCCAGUUCAGCUACCAGUCUCAGCAAAACACUAGAUUUUGGGCUCCAGUCUCCUGUACAACAUAGUUAAAACUGCCUUUACCUUGGUGAAUGUCAAGUGUAGCAAAUACUCACCCUGAUUCCUCUGUUGCUACCAGUAAAGUAAAUCAAAGGUGAGCCAGUAGGAGUCAAAAGAGUUAUGCCAGUCUAAACUUUGUGCAAUAAGAGGAGAGCCAGGCCUGUAGUGUCAGAACAAUACAAUCUUUCCUUUUCAAACACAUUCGUUCUACUCCCUCAUAGCUCUGCAGCAUACUUUGUUUUCUAGCUGCUGUCUUCAUAAGACACCUGUACUUGCAAAUACACUGUCUUUUCCAAAAAAGAGAUUAACCUGAAUGUAAAUUGAAUGAUUUAGCCAUAGAUGAAGUUAACAGAAGCAGCCAGGCAGUAAAAGCUGAACUUCCGACUUGGAUAGCAAUGCAAACUGGACAUGCUGUUCAGUACCUCUUGAGUCAUACCAAAGUUCUAACAACAGCAAAUUCGGCACCACUACUGUAAAAAUUGUUGUCAGAAAGAACAGUGUGGAAGGAUGUUAUAUCAGUUUUGUCCAGGACUAAAAAUAAGUCUACUAAAUUUGAAAAAUUCAAAACCAGGAGUUCUUCCUUUGUCAAUUGCCUGCAAGAAAUGUGCAUGUGAUUUUUCUAUAGCUAGAUAUGAUAUAUAAUAUCUCUCUAUAUAUGAUAUAUGCACUGUAUUGAUAUAUCAUAUAUAUAGCAUAUAUAAAUACAAUAGACAUGAAAGGAUAUUCAGUUUUUUCUAGGUUCAGUGGGCAUCCAGGAAAGAUAUUGUGAUAUUUACUUGUCAUCACUGUCAGAGUUUAGCAGCUUAUUUUAGCAGUCUCUGUAAGAUUCACUGCUUGGUCACAGCUACAUGAGCCCUUUUAGCCCUGCUUUGAAAUGGGCUGAUGCCACUGAAAUCCCUCACAAAAGCACUGCCUGAGAGAGUGGGGCUCUAAGCAGUGCAGUUUGAAUGUCUCUUCUUUGGCAACAGAGCUGGUGAAGGGCCUGGAGCACGAGUCUUAGGAGAGUGGCUGAGGGAGAUGGGGAUGUUUAGUCCGGAAAAAGGAAUCUCAGAGGGACCUCAUUGUUCUGUACAACCACCUGAAAGGAGGGUGUAGCCCAGUGGGGAUCAGCCUCUUCUCCCAUGUCUCAAGUGAAAGGACGAGAGGAAAUUACCUUCUGUUGUGCCAGGAGAGGUUCAAAUUGGAUAUUAGGAAGGAAAAGAUCACUGAAAGAGUGUUCAGGCAUUGGAAUAAGUUGUCCAGGGAUGUGGUGCAGUCACCCACUCUGGAAGUGUUUGAGAGGCAUCUGGAUGUGGCACUUGGGGAUAUGGUUUGGGGGUGACUGGGGUGGUUGAUGGUUGGACUGGAUGAUCCUAAAGGUUUCUUCCAACCUUGAUGAUUCUGCAUUCAGUCUCACAGGGAAUGUUCAGUCUAGACUCUUCUGUGCUUUGUGGAUAUGUAUCCUUUUGCCUCUACAAGGUUUUUAGCUUGCUGGUAAGAUCUUCAUGCUGGGGAUGAUGAUACUGGGCUCUAUGUGGUUGUUACAAUUCCUAGCAAGGAAAAAUGUUUCUAAAGGAUUUUUUUCUCCGUACCCAUUAAGUUAAAUCAGGGUGAUCCCUGACUGUACAUAUAGCUGUUUAAAGUAGUUAGCAAAUCUUCAAAGGUGACCCAAGGAAUGUUUGAGUAUUUGGUGGCCCAUAUUUACAGAAACUUUUUUCUACUUCAUAUUGCAUUUUCCUCUUGAAUUCAACAAACUGUAGUAGCUUUCAGUUCAAUACUAAAUUGUGUUGAAUGUAUGUAGUAUUUUCUUUCUUCUAUUGGAAAGAAGUUCCAGUAGCUCGGCCAGCUGAUGCUAGUUGGGAUGAAUUCUGUAUUUUUAACUUGGUCUAGCUUCCCAAUAUUUAGAAUAUGGCUAAUGUAAUUCUGUUGAGAUUUUCAAAGGAGUCUUACUAUAGUGACUGAGAUUUUCUGACUUAAUAAAGAGGAAGAGAAUUACAGAACAAAUGCUUUUGUUAAGUGUGAGCUUUCCUUUGCACUGGUCUGUGAGUCCUGUACUACAUGCUCUAUAGAUUUAUUUACUAUAAAGGAUCCUAGUUAAACUGUAUUUUAUUCUUUGGCAAUCUUUUGCCUGAUAGCAUCACUGAUGAUGUGAAUAAAAAAGAAACUACGUUUCAGAAAUUAACUGUAGUCAUUUUACAGAACUCAAGCUGCCUAAACUUGUGUAUAUGUUUCAGUUCUUGAGCUCUUUUUAACUGAAAAAAAAGCACCUUAAGAUCAUCCUAACUGAAAUUGUGUAAGUGUCUAAGCUGUUGUUUUAAACUGCAAUGUAAAUGUAUUAACCUAGAACAACAUCUGCUUUCAACAGACCUGGCCACAGAGAGCAGUCCCUUUGACCUGUUCACCGCUUUUUGCUCCGUUUAUUGCAGUCCCAGCUCUGUUGCCCCUCUGAGAGAUUGCCAGGAGAGCACUGGGCAGAGUUCUUGGCAGGAAGUCAAUGAUCCCAGAUUUGUCUCCUAAAACAUUCCCCAAACACCACUUGUUCUUUUAGAUCAGUAUUAAAGCAGGCUUCAAACUUCCAAGUGCAUGAGGCAUCCUCAGGUCGUCAUUUGGCUUGUCACCUUUCUCUCUACCACAGCAACUUGUUUCUGGGACCAAGGCUGGAGAGACUCUUCAGGAAGCAGUGGCCUGUGGUAGGCUCUUCCCCUUCCUUAUCAUUGCAGUUAGAUCUCUUAAGAGAUUACUCUCACUUGUUUAAAAAGCCACAUACCAGCCUUUUCUUGUUUUCUUCAAAAGCUUAUGAGGUGUUAGCUGAGUAGACUCCUAGGUUCACCCAGAAAAAGCUAUGUAUUCUCAACAAUUCUGUAGACCUCCCUAUAAGAACAGAGGGAACCUAUGGGAAUACAGAUUAUACAGCUCUGAAGGCACUGUUGUGCUCUAGGUAGCUAAGGCAAAACCUAGCCACUUUAAAGAGGAGCUGUGUUCUAGAAGUGUUAGAGUUUUUAUUCAUGUUUCAUUUUUUUGUUGUCUUGUAAUGAUUUGUUAGUGAGACAUGCUUCAAAAUACUUGCAUGUAAUUAAUUCUGUACAUGUUAAUCACUGUCAGACUAGAGCUGGGAGAAUAAUUGCAUCCCAGUCAUACAAAGAAUGUGAAAAGGAUAGCCAUAUAUGAUAAACUGCAAAUUGUAGGGUGGCAAUGAAUGUUUCUUUUUUCCAUUCCAGCCAGCAUGCAUACUACAUCUGCUAACGGGGUGAUAUCACAAUGCAUCCAGGCUGUUGUUCAUGUUAGUAGGCUCACCAUUUGAAAUAGGAGUGCCACAGAAGAUAGUUGGAAAGGUGAUGUGCCCUGUGUAAACAUUUUGGAAUAACCUUCAAAUCAAGACAAUUUAAUAACAGGUGCCUUUCCCUGCACAGCUCUUUCGAAUGGUAUCAUGAUAUUAACCAUUCCAACUGGGUUUGUAAUGAAUGAGGAAAAAAGCCAUUUAACUUCUGGCCUUUUUUU